AUGAGUGUCCGGAACCCAUCCAGACUCCUGGACCUGGCAGGAAAGCACCUGCUGAGGGAUGAUGCUUUGGCCUUUUCUGUUCUGGAGGAUCUGCCCACAGAGCUCUUCCCACCCCUCUUCAUGGAGGCAUUCCACAGGAGACACAUCAAGACCCUGAAGGCCAUGGUGCAAGCCUGGCCCUUUGUCCGCCUGCCUCUGGGAGGCUUGAUUGACAUGCCUCAUAUGGGGCCUUUACAAGCAGUGCUGGAAGCACUUGAUGGUUUGCUGACCCAGAAGGUUCGUUCCAGGAGGUGCAAACUGCGGGUGCUAGAUUUACGGAAUACUGGCCAGAACUUCUGGAGCAUGUGGUCUGGAGCCAGCAGUUAUGAGUGCUCAAGCUCAAGAAUGACACCAGUGGCUGAGCAGGGCUCAAUGGCAAAGCAGCACUUGGCUCCACUGAAGAUUUUUAUAGACCUUUGCCUAAAGAAAAGGACCCUAGAUAACUUUCUCACCUACCUUCUUAGGUGGGUGGAGCAGAGAAAAGCCUCUGUACAUCUCUGCUGUAAGAAGCUGAAGAUCUCUGCAAUGCCAAUGGACAAUAUUGUGAAGGUCCUGAGCAUGGUGCAGCUGGACUGUAUCCAGGAGGUGCAAGUGAAUUGGAUUUGGCAUCUGUCCACCCUGGCCACAUUUGCCUCUCUCCUGGGAAAGAUGAGUAACUUGCAGAGACUCCGUCUCUCCCCCAUCCACCUGUCUGCCUUCACAGAGCAGGAACAGGAUCACCUUGCCCAAAUCACCUCUCAGUUCCUGAGGCUUGGUCACCUCCAGGAUCUCCAUCUGGACUAUCCCUCCUUCCUUGAAGGCUGCCUAGACCAGAUGCUCAGGUGCCUGAAGUCCCCCUUGGACAACCUGUCAAUAACCAACUGCUGGCUUACAGAAUCAGACUUGACCCACCUGUCCCAGAGCCCAAACAUCAGUCAGCUAAAGGGCCUAGAUCUGAGUGGUGUCACCAUGACUGACUUUAAUCCUGAGCUCCUCCGCGUUCUGCUAGAGAAAGUUGAAGCCACCCUCCAGGAACUGGACUUAGAUCUGUGUGGGAUCAAUGACUCCCAACUAGAGGCCAUCUUGCCUGCCCUGAGCCGCUGCUCCCGGCUCAGGUACUUCAGCCUGUGUGAGAACUUCCUGUCCAUGGCUGUUAUGGAGAAGCUGCUGCGACACACCACUGGACUGCCCUGCUUAACGCAAGAGCAUUAUCCUGCCCCUCAGGAGAGUUACAGAUCUCAGGGUGUUCUCCUGGAAGUAAGACUUGCCCAGCUUCCGGCUCAGCUGUUGGAGAUUCUGAGAGACUUAGGAUGUCCCAGGGUCAUCUGGAUUAGUCCCAGCCCCUGUCUUCACUGUGAGGGGCUGAUGAAGAGGCCUCACCGAGAAACCUUAGAAGCAGUGCUGGAUGAACUUGAUGUCCUGCUGACCCAGGAGGUUCACCCCAGGAAGUGCAAACUGCGGGUGCUGGACUUGAGAAAUACUGGCCAGGACUUCUGGAACAUGUGGUCUGGAGACAUUGUCCAGGUGUUCUCAAGCUCAUUAGAAGAACAAGUGGCUAAGAAUAGGCCAAGAACACAGUGGACUUUGGCUCCCUUGAAGGUAUUCAUAGAACUUCACAUCAAUGGAAGGACCAUGGAUGGAUUCCUUGCUUACCUCAUGAGAUGGGUGGAGGAGAGGAAAGCUUCCAUACACCUGUGUUGUAAGAAACUAAAGAUAGAGUCAAUGCCCAGAGACAGUAUUAUGAAGAUCCUGAAUAUGGUGCAGCUGAACUGUGUUGAGGAGGUGCGAGUAAAUUGCACCUGGCGUCUGUCCAGCCUGGCUGUGUUUGCUCCUCUCCUGGGCCAGAUGAGCAAUAUGCUCAGGUGCCUGACAAACCCCUUGGAAACCCUUGGAAUAACUCACUGCCUCCUUACGAAUUCAGACUUGACCCAUCUUUCCCAGUGUCCGAAUAUCAGUCAGCUAAAGGGCCUGAAUCUGAGUGGUGUCACCCUGACCUACUCUAG